CCAUCUUCAAUCAUCCUCUCUUUCCAUCCACGAUCACCCGCUCUGGUGUCAGUGGCAUGAGCGGGCCGGAUAUGCCCACCGGCGUCGACGCCGCCUUCGACCUCGCAAACAUACCACGAGAUUACCUCGAAGCCUACCCCUUCCCAGCGUUCGUCCUCAUCCUCCGCCGCCCCGCCAACCCAGCACUCCCAGCCCAUCCCUUCGACCAGCCAUGGAACGCCCUCGGCCCAGCAAGCUUCACCGAGCCUCUCGCCCCAGUCUGGGUCAACAGACGCUGGUCCCGAGUCGCAGGCACGCGCCAUCUGCUCGACUGCAUCACUGUGGACGGCGCACGACGCCUUGGCGACUGGCUCUCCGGUGUGAGAAGCCUGCGCGAGCGCGAACGUCUGGCCGUGUCAUGGGCCGCGCACGGCGGUGUCGCGGCAUCCACCACGUCCGAUGAUCAUCUUGAGUCGGCCGCACGCCAGUUCGUCUCCAAACGUGGCCCGCCCUAUGCCGCCGAGGGUGAAUACGCGCCCCUUGCGCCCGCUGCUCUCGAAGAGGACCUCUCAGAAGAAACAGAGACAAUCACUUUGGACUUUGCCUUCCCCCGCGGCAAGGCGCUUCUCGAACUCGUGAUGGCCCCCCUUCCAUUGUAUGUCCGAGGUGGUGCGGCCAGCGUUACCAAUAGUCUCGGGGUCAUUACGAUGCGACCGCGAUCCAACCUCGCCCUCUUCCGUGCUGGCUCCAGCGCCUCCUCCCCACCGUUGUCGGCCCUCCAGCGUGCGCCGUCCUGUAAAGACCCCACGCUGUUCUCGAAACCCCGCGGGGGUGCGCAAGACACGCUCUUCAAUGGCCAGUCCGUCAUCCAUAACUGGGUGACGGGCAACGCGAUCCAUAUCAAGCAGGAUGGGACGAGUGUGCCGCAACCGGGGCCAAGGGACGAAACCCACCCGUGCGGCCUGCCGAUGGACGUGCGCACCCUUCUCUGGACCAAAGACUGGUCGGCGACGCCGCUUGGCCCACUGUCACAGUGGCCAGCAACGCUGCGCAUGGUCAUGGGGCUAUGCAUGGGCUUCCCCAUCCGCGUGUGCAUUUGGUGGGGGCGUGACCUCACCAUGCUGUACAAUGAGGCAUUUGCUCAGAACUUCUCGAAGCAUCCGCACGGGUACGGCGCCAGCGGAGCGGAGGCAUGGGCGGAGCUGUGGAGCGGCGCAGGAAGCUACACCGAGCUCGUUCUCUCCGGCACAAGCAUCUACAAGGACGACGACUUGUAUCUCUAUCGCGACUCGCACGGCAAGACAUAUGAGACCUACCGCUCAGGUGUUUGGUCAGUGGUGAUGAAUGACGAGGGCGAGUUCGGCGGUGUGUGGUAUGCGCAUCGUGACUCGACCGCCAAGGUCGUGUCAGAUCGACGUGUGGCUAUGCUGCGCGAGCUGGCAGAGCGCACGUCGGCCGCGCGUACACUUCACAGCUUCGAAACUGGGCUACUCGAGACAUUACACGCACACCCGAAGGAGGCGCCUUUUGCCCUUCUCUACCUUGUGGACCAGCGACUGCAUGUUCAUCGCGAAGAAGACGACCAGGUGCGCCUGCGGUACGCAGGCGGCGUCGGCAUCCCCGACACACAUCCUUCAGCGCCGCAGGUCGUCACACUCGAACGCGGGGCGGUGAUGGACAAGCCUGCAAGCCGGCCACGCACACCCUCAACGGACUGGCCUUGGCCCUUCGAAGAGGCAAUGCGGACGCGUGCCCCCAUCGUAGUCCCGAACAUCAGAGCGCUCAUCGGCGGGUACCCCGUGCGCGCGUGGGACGAGCUUCCCAACGCCGCAGUAGUCGUUCCGCUUAAUCUCAACAGCGAGGAUGGACUGCCCGGCGCGGUGCUUGUGCUCGGACUCAGCUGUCGGCUUGAUUAUGAUUCGACCUACGCCGAGUUUGUCUCUGAACUUCGGUUCCAGGCAGCGUCGUACCUCGCGGCCGUGCGGCUGUAUCACGGCGACCAGCAUCGGAUUGACAACCUCGCGUCGCUGAACAGCGCCAAGAGCAGCUUGUUUUCUCAUGUCUCUCACGAGUUGUUCACUCCAAUCACCCUUAUCUCUGGUCCACUGGAUGACUUGCUGGCCGAGAUGAGGGAAGGCCCGCAUAUGGGCAUGGUCGAGUUGGCUCGCCGCAACGUGCGCCGCUUAAAGCGGCUCGUCCAAAUGAUAAUGUACCUCUCACGCCUGGAGAAUGGGCGGUUCAAGGGGUCAUUUCACCGCGAGAAUCUCGGGUGCAUCACCGCCGGCGUCGCAGGCAUGUUCCUGAAGGCCGCGCACAAAUGCCAGAUCGAUUACACAAUUGCGUGUGAUGAGACGCAGCGCGAGACAUUCGUCGACCGCGAGCUGUGGGAGAAGAUUCUGUUCGUGCUCAUCGGGAACGCCAUUGAACUGUCUUCUCAUCGCUCGAUGGAGGUUCGUCUCGAGUACGAGGGCUCCCGCGCAAUUAUAACCAUCGGCGACACCACUUCAGCGGGAGCCAAUGGCUCUGGACGGCGCUCCGAAGCGAGCGACACCACCAUCGCCCUCGAGUUUGCCAAGAAACUUGUUCAGCUCCAUGGGGGCGUCUUCACGCGCAUGAUGGAAGCGGAUGAGGGAUUCACCUACCGCGUCGAGCUGCCGCUUGGCUCCAGUCAUCUGCCAGAAGAAGCGCUGGGGGACCCCUCGGAUCAAGUUGUCCCUCGUGUUGCUGCCCAGUUCGGACAUGAGGUGCUCGACGAGCUGUUUAUCGCCCAGCGAGAACGAGAGGAUGCGAUAGCCUCGAUGCCCAAUGGUUUCUCGCUCCUAUCAAACGGUCACAGCUCGGAAGCGAGCGGCGAGUUGUCCCGCGGCUCCUCCAACCACGACCAUGGCACAGUCUACUUCACUCCCCACGACGUCAUUCUGGUUGUUGACGAUGUGCCAGACAGCAGGCGGUACAUUGUGUCAAUCCUGAGGCCGUUUUGCAAAGUGGUUGAGGCAGCCAAUGCUGAGGAGGCACUUGACCGCUUCGACGAAUUUGCGCCUGAUUUGAUUAUAUCUGAGGCGGUGCUUCCCGAUCUUGACGGACCGGGCUUGAUCGCCGAGCUGAGGGCUGGUACGCGGGCCCAGCGUAUCGUUCCCAUCCUUCUAUUGACUGCGGCCGACGUUGUGCGCGACGGUGGAACGUUCCGCGCCGAUGACACGCUGUCGAAGCCGUUCAACGCGCGCGAGCUAAUCACUCGUGCCGACAUGCAAAUGCAGCUUGGCAAGAAGCGGCGGGCUCUGGAACAGCUCUUCGAGGAGCGUACUGCUGAGUUACGCCUGCUUACUGAAGGCUCGCCAGUGGGCAUGUUCCGCGUCGAUGCCGAGGCGCAGGUUCUCUACGCAAACCCGACGUGGCUGGCCAUGACCAGCUUCUCGAAGGAGCAGUUACCGCGGUGCCUCGACGACUGGCGCCAUUUAUUGACGAAAGAGAGUUACGCGGAAGCCGUUCCAGUAUGGGAGGCGUUCUCCAAAGGAGACGCGCAGCGCAUGGUGAUCGAAGUUCAGUGGAAGAACGGGCGGUGGGCGCAUCUCACUGUCUAUCGGCUGCCUGAGACGCGGUUGUCCGAUGAAAAGAGCUUUAUCGCGUGCUCUAUGGACAUCACCGAGCGCAAACUCAAUGAGGAGAUGCAGCGGCAGAGGGUCGAGGACGCCGAGAUGCGUCGCGCCGAAGCCGAAGAGGCACGGCGCCAGCAGGAGCUGCUCAUCGACAUUACGAGCCACGAGAUGCGCAACCCCGUGAGUUCGCUCAUGCAGUGCGCCGCGCUCGUCAAGACAAACCUCGUGUUCCUGCAUGAUCAAUUUGAACUAGUGCUUAAGGAGAACCGGGCGUUCUAUCCUACCCAGCAGCUGGUCAGCACACUGGUCGAGGACCUUGAGGCGCUUGACAGCAUCUAUCAGUGCGGACUGGCCCAGGAGCGCAUUUGCAAUGACGUGCUGUCCCUUGGUAAGAUCCAGUUAAACCUUCUUCAAAUGUUCGAUGUCAGCACAAACAUACGCGGGAAUGCCCACGGCAUUAUCGCGAUAUUCCAGAACGAAGCGCGGAUGAAUCGCAUCGCGCUUCAGCUAGACAUGUCGCCAUCGUUCCAGGAUUUAGGCGUGGAAACGAUCAUGACAGAUCCCGUUCGCCUUGGUCAAGUCGUGUCGAAUCUACUUUCGAACGCGACACGUUUCACGGCUAACUCCACCGAGCGGCGAGUUCGGCUGAGUAUGGAUAUCGGCGUUGAACCUCCUCUCGACGACGGGUGCUCUAAACCUGUUCCCAGCACACGACCUCCACCGCUUAAGGAGGGCAUGCCAAUCUAUCUCUACGUCUCAGUGGCGGACACGGGUCCUGGGUUGACCGAGACAGAGCUGGGCAACCUCUUCCAGCGCUUCUCACAGGCCUCUCCGAUGACGCACACGGUUUUCGGCGGUUCCGGGCUUGGGCUAUUCGUGUGCCGCAUGAUCGUCGAGCGAAUGGGUGGCCGGAUUGAGGUCACGAGUGAAUACGGCAAGGGCUCAGAGUUCCGAUUCUUCAUCCAGUGUCGCGUCGGAGAGAUCAAGAAGCACGCUCCUGCCCCUGGCGUUGAACGGAUUCCUACCAUCACGCGCAGAGAUGGCCAGCGGCGCGUGCUUGUGGUCGAGGACAAUGUGAUCAAUCGCACGGUUUUGUUGCGGCAGCUCAAGCACGUGGGGAUCAUCGCGGAGGCGGCCACGAAUGGGCUCGAGGGGUUGGAGAAGGUGAAAGCUGCAACGCGAGAGGUCGGCACGGGGUACGACUGCGUGCUCAUGGACCUCGAAAUGCCUGUCAUGGAUGGGUACACCGCCACGCGGCAGGUGCGCAUUGCUGAGGCCGCGGGCGAGUUGGACGUGACACCGAUCGUCGCGUUGACGGGAAACGCACGGCAUGCACAGCUCGAGAGCGCGAUGGCCGACUUUGACGCCGUCGUCGUCAAGCCAUACCGCCUCGAUGAUCUGUUGCAAACUAUGGAGAGGGUGAUGGCGCGGGAGCGGGAGGCGAGAUAGGUAAGAGCUCCACCACUGAGCGGUGCAGACGUUGUAUGAUGUAACAUAUGGGAUUAUAGCAUGUCAUCGGUAUCAGUUUCAA